AUGGCCAGCUGGACUCUCGUUUUUAGCAAUGUGUUGAACCAACACAAGGAUUCCUUUGUUGCAGCUAAAGGAAAUUCUGCUAUCAGGGCUCGCAUCCUCAAAGUAAUCAAAGAUGCUAUAGGGAGCAGUGAAGCAGCCAAAGACCCUUGUGUCAUGCUUCCAGAGAAAAAUCUUCGGAAGGCUGUUCAUACAUAUUAUUUGGACUUCCUGGAGGAUGACGAGGAUUGCAAGGCAGAGGAAGAAAUUAUUGAGGGAGGGCAUAAAGACAGAUCUGCUGCAGAUGCUGUGACUGUAGAGAUGGUGAGAGAACGGGAAAAUGAUAAGCCUGAGGAAGCUGGGAAGUACAAGACAGAAUUCUCCAGUUUUGAUGUCGCCCAAAAAUUAUUCAAGGAUGAAUUUGGAGAAUAUGACAAGAUGCACUGCGAUACCUCUGACCAAAAGUCUAUGGGCCAGAGGACAAAAUUGGCCCGGGCAUGGCACAAGGCUAUGUCCUCUGAGGUGAAACAGGAGCUUGUCCGGGUUGCUGGAAAAUGGAAUCAAGAAGGACUUCCUGCAGAUACCAAGGAUAGAUACCGUACUCGUAACCAGAAAAAAGUCAUGGAGGACUUUAUGGGCAUGGUUCAGAGAACUAUGGGGUUGCAUGUUGUCAUCCUUACAGCCCAUGAUCGAGGUGAGGGAAAGGCUCCUGGAACUACUAUCUGGGAGACCUCGCCUGUAAAGGCGAAAAAACCUUUUACUCAGGCGUCCAAAGACAAUAAGAAAUGGGCUGGACAUGCUCAAGAUCAUCUUGCAGACUGGCUCCUCAAAGCGGAAUAUGUUGAUGAAGAGGAUAGUGAUGGAGAGGACAAUGAUGAAGAUAAUCUUCCAGAUUUGACUGUUGAGGCUGACAAUGAUGGUCACCCUUGCCUACCAAAAGGCUUUGGAUCUCUCAAGCUCAAGCACAGGCAAAAGGUUGUUCGCACUGUCUUUCAAAAGGCCUACUCUCUUAUUACCAACAAUCCCCGGGCUCUAGUGCCCUGGGGUGAAGUGUCUGAAAAUCCUGAUCACUAUCUUGAUUCGGAAUGUAUUCCUAAGAAUGUCAUCAUCAAGGACCCUUCCCACCUGCAAAAGGACACAAUUGCUGCAAUUUAUUCCCACUGGUUAGAUUGUGCUAGUCAUGGCGCACCAAUUCCCUCCAAGAAGGGAGGUGCAAGGCAAAAAUCGGGGAAGAAGCCUGCCUAUGUCCCUGUCAGUUCGGAUGAGGAAGAUCGGCUGAAGAAGAUUGAUGAUGGUAAAAGCUCAUCGGAUGAAGAUGAAGACGACUUGGAGACUGCUCCCAUUGCUGAUUCCAGCCCCAAAUACCAUGUCACUAGGGACAUGGUCGCUUAUCUCAAGUCUCUCUCUACCAUCCCUUCAUAUCAACGGCUUCUUGCUGCAGUUCAAAAGCUUCUGACAAGAACAGAUUCAAAGGCGCGGAAACAGCAACUCCCUAUCUGGGUGUCUUGGACUUGGUCUCAGGCAUAUCUCCCUCAAGACAUCCAUGAGAAUAUGGAAACUGCCUCCACUGCACUGGAGAAUUUGAGUAACUACAAGUUCAAUUCUCGUGGAUGGGGCAUGAUUGUGAUCCUGGGACUUGGACUUCUACUUCGUGAGUGUUGUCGUACUCAGGAGUAUGAAGCCGAUGAAGCCGAAGAUGAUGUACCUGACUACUUGGGUAACUUUAUCUUGGGCUUCGAGGUGGGUGACCAGAUUGAGGACAAGAUUGCAGGGAUAGAGGCUGAAGUUGAAGCCAUAUGGAAAGAUGAGAAUCUUGGGUUGUCCAUUGUGAGGCAAGACAUUGAGAAGACGCGUGGGGAGGAAAGAAAGAAGUUGAAGGAGAAUCAGAAGGCGGAAGAGGCUAGGGUUAUUGAGGAGAAGAGGGUGGAAGAUGAGAAGAGGGCAAUGGAGAAGAAGAGGGUGGAAGAAGAGGCAAGAUUGGCUGAGGAAGCAAGCAAGGCAGAGAAGAGGGUGAGGAAAUCUAAUGCCAAAGAGAAGGGUAAGAGGCCUGCUGCAGAUGUGGAGGAGCCAUAA